UUAAAAACUCAACCUAAAUCCAAAAGAAGGUUAGGAUUUUGGGAGUAGCGAUUUUAGUACUAGGGUUUUUCUAAAGCUUAACAGAGCUCGUUUUAUCGUCUUCAAUUUUCCUCUGCUUCUGCAAAACCCUAAAAAUUGGCCAGUCGAAGAAGAAAUGUCGGACUAUUAUAUGCCUCAAGAAUUGUUGAUUGAUAUCCUCACCAGACUACCCGCAGAGACUCUCCUUCGAUCCACACUGGUUUGCAAGUCAUGGUACUGCACUGAAGAACCUAACGAAAGAGAGCACUACUCGGUACGUUGCGACGAUCCUAUCAACAACACAUUCAAUGAGCACGCGAAAUUCAAAUUUCCUUUCCAUUGCAUAGACCCUUAUUACUGGAUUGUUGGUAGUUGUAAUGGGUUGAUUUGCAUUUCUGAUGAUCAGUUCUAUUAUAAGCAUACUACGUUUUUGUGGAAUCCAAUGAUUAGGAAGUCUGUGCUGAUUCCAAACCCUAAUAUUAGGUUUACUUCACAUGGCCCCUUUACGCAUUCUUUAGGGUUUGGGUUUGAUUCAGCAUCUAAUGACUUCAAAGUUGUUAGAAUUGUGCAUCUUCUAUGGGAAUGUGACACAGUUCCACCUGAGGUUGAAAUUUACACUCUAAAGACUGGAAUUUGGAGAAGCCUAAGUGAUAAAGCUCUUCCAUUUAUUAUUGAAGAUCAAUCGCAACAAGCUUAUAUCAAUGGGGUUUCACAUUGGGUUGCUCACACUCCAAGGGAUGUUGGGCUUUUUCGAAAUUUGAUUGUAUCUUUUGACAUGAAAGAUGAGGUGUUUAGGGAGGUAUCAUUUCCAGAUGGUAUAGCUGGCAGGGACGAAGUCCUGCAAACUACAAGCCUUGUUGUGUUUGAGGAAACCCUUUGUCUGAUCCAGCAUUGUCAAUAUCAAAAUGACUCACAUUGUUGGAUAUGGGUGAUGAAAGAGUACGGUGUGGUAGCAUCGUGGGUUAGACAAUUCAGAUUCGAUCUUCAUGGAGUAUUGAGGAAGCCAAUUGGGAUGAGAAAGAAUGGUGACGUCCUUCUAGCGACGAGUGAGGGAUAUUUGGUUUCAUAUGACCCUGAGAGCAAAGGAAUUGUGAAUCUUGGAGUAAGUGGUACUAUAAAAUGCCAGUAUUGGCAUUCAUUUUAUGUGGAUACUUACAUGGAGAGCCUAGUCUUGCUAGAUAAAGGGGCAGAUUUUUGUGAUACGGUUAUAAUCAAUCUGUUGUGUGAAGAAAGUGAAGGGGACUGAUGGAACCAAGGAAUUGAAAAAAAAAUCAGAAGCAGGACAAGUGCAGGCAAAAUACAGUGUCCUAACCACUCUAUACUUUUUGCACCUUAUUAGAGUAUUCACUAUUGCUUAGGUUUAUUCUUCUUAAAAAUGCAUGAUAUUGAUAAGUAACUUCUAUUUCAAUUCUAGUAUGCUGUUGGAUCAGAUCAUUUACUUUUUCUAUGGAAUUAAUGUCUUUUGAGAAUGCCUUGAAUACUGAAAAGUUCAGCCUAUGCCAUUAUCUCUCUCUGGAUUUCCUUUUACUGAAAUGUUCAUCAUUGGCAAAGAGCACCUUGAUUUGUAUUUUCGGACAUUAGUUAUGCAAGCAUGAUAUUUGCCAAA